UUUAGACAGACUAUCCACAAACGGUUGGGAGGGACAGAGUCUAGUUGUUACCCUAGCCAGAACCAGCUCCCCUACGAGACCCAUCGCGGGUCCUACGAAGAGCCCAUCUUGUGUUCUUCCACCGAACUAUGUGGCUGGGUAUUCAACGCCCCCGAGAGUUACCCAAAACCUGGCCGUACCGGCCUCCCCUAUUUCCCCAGAGUAGGUCUAGACUUGCAUUUCUAUAGCAGAGCUCAUAUUAAUAUGCUACUAAAGAUCCGUUAUCUCAACAAGCUCGACUUAUCACGGGCCCGAAUAUGGCGCAGUGAUCAGCCCCAUGGCCAUCCCACACCAGCCAUUUAUGCCCAUUUUCACAGACCCAUUGUCGCAGCCGGUCCCCGGCAUGCCCAACUCACCAGCUUUACGACCCGCAUUCUGCGACCCCAUGGCAUUCGGCAUCCUCCCAGCAUAUCCCAUGUCCCACAUGCACCCUCCCAUUAUGGCACCCAGCAUCCGACUGAACCAGCGCAGACCAAACCACACCCCCACCGGCGCCAACAAUAGCAGCAAUGCUAGCAUCCCCCGGAAAGCCAUGUACACCUACACUCACAGUCAUCCCCCUCUCUUCCCCGCAUACUCCAACGCUCCAUCUCGCCAACCGGGGCGCCGCACUAUCUUCAUCCAAAACCUUAGCCCAACUACCACAGCGCAAGACCUCCGAAACCUUCUGCAAGAAGCUGCCGCAGGUGCGAUCGAGAAGUGUGAAGUCCCCACUGACCCCGAAACCAGCCGCUGCAAGGGAUUUGCCCGCGUCACACUUGCCUCCGCAGAGGAGGCCAAACGUGCCAUAGGCCUGUACAACAACACUGUCUUCAUGGGCUCUAAGAUCCGCGUCAAAAUCGACAGGAGUAUCCACAUCGCCUCGUAUAAUCUCAACCCCGGUAGUGGCAUGGUCACUAACCCCGGUAAAACCGAGAGCACCACUGCUGCCGCUACCGCAGUCGUCGUGGUCGAUCCCCCCACUGGUCGGACAGAUCAGAUGCAGCCCGAUGGUACCUGUUCUAGUACGAGCACUUCUGCCUGUAGCUGUGCCGCUUCGGAGAGCUCAGAUGAUGAGCCGAAGCCAGUCGAGCCAUGCGAGACUGCGAAGCCUCCACUUUCGAAGCCGAUUGACAGGUGUCAGCCACUCGUUAUCAAUGGUUCGGGGAUUGGAAGGACGGCCGCAGUGAUGACUUGACCCCUUUCACCUGAAUUUCCAAUUGGGGGCUUACCUUUCUUCUCUCAGCUGAAGCUUUGGGAGGUUACUUUUUACAUGCAUCAUCUGUGAUUUAUUUCUGGUGCGGGUAUACGGUGUGGUGGGGU